CCCAAGUCCUCCUUGGCGGAACCUGACCAACCAUGGUGAAUCUUGGCCUGUCCCAUGUGGAUGACGCCGUGGCCGCUAAGCACCCGGGACUCGAGGAAUAUGCUGCCUGCCAGUCGAAUGCCUUCAUGAAGGGCGUUUUCACUUUUGUCACAGGCACUGGUGCGACUUUUGGCCUGCAGAUGUUCAUUAGGAGGAAGUUUCCAUACCCUAUGCAGUGGAGCUUCCUGGUGUCUGCCGUUGUAGGUUCCGUGGCCAGCUACAGAGUAACAAGAAUAGAGUGUGAGAAAUGCAGCAAUCUCUGGCUCUUCCUGGAGACUGGGCAGCUCCCCAAAGACAUGAGCACAGAUCCUCACAACUAGAAGAGCUCUGGCCUCUGCAGUGUGCAGGUGCGAAGCAGGGAAGAUCCCGGAGCACAGACUAUGACAUCCUCUAACUCCAGGCUGGUGCUCCCUACCUCCCCAAACACAUGCACAUGCAUCCUCGAGGGUCAUCUCUCUCCUGCACAGGCAUGGGGGUGGGGGGGGAUGCCUGAAAACCUGUGAAGACCACUGACGCUUCAAAUCCAGGACUUGCCCAGGCGGCCAGCUCAGAGAAGGACUUAGGAGAGCGGAUCUCCUCCAGAGCAGCAGGAAGCCAGAGUAUCAGUAUGAAUCGGAGAGGCUUAUACCCUGCUGGACACAACUGAUGGGGCAGCAGCCUGCAUGUGGUGAAAGAGACUUGUGCUCUUUCUCUAGUGUCUUGGGGCCCCUUCUCUGAUCUCUGUGCCCUAAAUCCAAGGAGAAUAUUGGAGAGUUGUAACUAAUAAAUAGUUUGUCCUUUUUCUUA